AUGGUUGUAGCUUAUGCAUUCAAUCAAUGGCCUUAUCGAUUGAGGUUCUAUAGACCUCAAAAAUUGAUCUAUAAAAACAUUAAAGUCAGUAUCAAUGAUGUGGACAUAUUCAGAGUAGGAAGCACUAAUAUUCAAGAAGUUGAGAAUUGCCAAGCCAUGGAUGGUUCUAAGGAGAGAUAUCUAAUUCUACGGAGGAAGAAGAAGAAUCGAAUACUAAAAAAAACAAUAGAGACAAGAAAUCUCCAAAAAGAGGAAGAUGUUACAAAUCUACCCGAGAAAGAAAAGCACAUUAAGAAGGAUAUAGAAGCAGAAGAGGAUUUAUCGAAGGAUAAACGAAGAAACAAGUACAACCAGUUUGACUCACUUUUGAAAGAAGAGUCAAAAAUAAGAAGAGAUCCAAAACAUGCAGAUACUCGUGUACAUUGUUUACUCUACUUCAUUCCCUCUACUGGAAAUGGCCUCACCCACAGGGACCUAUGUUUUCUAUCGAGAGUGAAUAAUCUCGUCAAUGUCAUACCUGUUAUAAGCAAGGCUGAUGGAUUAACUACUACAGAAACUGAAAAAAAUGAAGAGUUUCUUUCUCAAUCUAUUCUAGACCUAAAACUGAACUCAGUAGUUCCAUUUACCAUCAUUAAUCCUGAGGAGUAUUCCAUCGAUCGGGUGCGUAUGCAUGCGUGUGGCCCAAUAGAGGUGGAUAAUCCUUCAAAUAAUGACUCCAGCAUAAUUCGUGAAAUUAUUCUAAGCAGCCAUCUAGAUACACUUAUUGAGGUGACUAGCAGUGAGAUUUAUGAAAAUUAUCGUAUGGAGGUUCUAGAAUCUAUGGCAGAUCAAUAA